AUGACGGUCACGAUCCCGGACUUUACUGUUGGUGUUCUGGCACUGCAGGGCGCAUUCAGCGAGCACGUACAGCUUUUGCGACAGGCUGCGAAUGCGUUAAAGCUGAAGAAGGGUGUGGAUGCAAAGUGGGAGUUCAUUGAAGUGCGCACACCGCAGGAACUGGCACGAUGUGAAGGCCUGAUCAUCCCUGGCGGUGAGAGUACAGCUAUAAGUCUCGUGGCAGCGAGGAGUGGGAUAUUGGAGCCGCUGAGAGAAUUCGUCAAAGUGCAGAGGAAGCCAACCUGGGGCACAUGCGCCGGCUUGAUACUUCUCGCGGAGAGCGCUAACCGAACGAAGAAAGGCGGACAAGAACUCAUCGGAGGCCUUGACGUGCGAGUGAACAGAAACCACUUUGGCCGCCAGCAGGAGAGCUUUCAGGCCAGCCUCAACCUUCCAUUCCUCGGCGACACCGCGGAAAAGGGCGCCGAUCAGCCUUACAGAUGCGUGUUCAUCCGCGCACCGGUUGUUGAGAAGGUACUGCCUCAUGCAAAGGGCGUGCAGAUGGAGGAGGAGGAGGCAAGAGAGGAGACAGUAGUUGCGCCAAGUAAGAUACCGGUGGACGAACUGGCGAGAGAGCAAGUGAACCGGGACGUCGAGGUAAUGGCGACGCUGUCGAUGAAGAACCCGUCGCUGCAGGCAACCCAGGAACAUGACCAUGCCGGGAAGGAAGACAUCAUUGCAGUAAGACAAGGCAAUGUGUUCGGCUGCAGUUUCCAUCCGGAGCUAACAGAGGACCCACGGAUCCACGUGUGGUGGCUGGAAGAAGUCCUGAAGGCGGCUGAGCUGAGGCAGACAUUCGAGCUUGCUGAUCGGACGAAGUAG